AUGCUGCUCAGAGCUGCCCGAUCUCCAUGCUGGCGCACGACGCGGUACGCACAUCCGAGCUUCGCCGGCCGGGCACGGUGGAUGACUCCGAAUGGCAUCCAGCUGCGCGUGUUCACCUCGGGCAGUCCAUGGCGAAAGCAUACACCGGAAGGCAGAGACCCGAACUUCCUGAAGAAUGACUCCACACCCGUUGCGACCGCGGCCGAAUUUGCAAAUGCCAGUAUUGUCGAGAAGCCACCGGGUAGCGAGGCAAAGAGCACUCCGAAGAAAGACUUGCUGAGUGAGUCAUCUAUUGCAAGCAAGGAACAGCGCAAGGCAGACUGGGCUAUCAUGCGGGAGAUGGCCAAAUACCUGUGGCCAAAGGAUGAUUGGGGAACCAAGCUCCGGGUUGGCACAGCAUUGUCACUGCUCAUUGGUGCAAAGAUCCUUAAUGUCGAGGUACCAUUCUAUUUUAAGAACAUUGUCGAUUCCAUGAACGUCGACUUUGCGACCCUCGGAGGCACGGCCUACACCGUGGCAGGCUCAAUGAUCAUAGCUUAUGGCGCAACGCGCAUCGGGGCGACCAUCUUCCAGGAACUACGUAACGCAGUCUUCGCGAGUGUCGCGCAAAAGGCCAUACGCAAAGUGGCCCGAAAUGUGUUCGAUCAUCUUCUCAGACUGGAUCUCAACUUCCACCUCUCGCGUCAGACGGGCGGCCUCACCCGUGCCAUCGAUCGCGGAACCAAGGGUAUCAGCUUCUUGCUCACCUCUAUGGUUUUCCAUGUCGUACCGACUGCCCUCGAGAUCUCGCUCGUGUGCGGUAUUCUUACCUAUCAGUAUGGUUUCCAAUUCGCUGCCAUCACCGCUACUACGAUGCUUGCGUACACGGCAUUCACCAUUACCACUACAGCCUGGCGCACCAAGUUCCGCCGACAGGCCAAUGCAGCUGACAACCGUGGCGCUACUGUCGCCGUCGACUCGCUGAUCAACUACGAGGCCGUCAAGUACUUCAAUAACGAGAAGUUCGAGGUCGCCCGCUACGACAAGGCGCUGAAGAGCUACGAAGAUGCCUCGAUUAAAGUCACUACCUCCCUGGCCUUCCUGAACUCCGGCCAGAACAUGAUCUUCUCGACUGCGCUGGCCGCAAUGAUGUAUCUGGCAGCCGACGGCGUCGCUACUGGCGCCCUGACCGUCGGCGAUCUGGUCAUGGUCAACCAGCUUGUCUUCCAACUCUCCGUGCCGCUCAACUUCCUCGGCUCCGUGUACCGCGAACUGCGUCAGUCUCUGCUGGACAUGGAGACGCUGUUCAACCUGCAGAAGGUCAACGUGACCAUCCAGGAAAAGCCCAAUGCCAAGCCGCUCGAACUGACGCGCGGCGGCGAGAUUCGCUUCGAAAAUGUCACGUUCGGCUACCACCCGGACCGUCCAAUCCUGAAGCACGCGACGUUCACGAUUCCGGCUGGCUCGAAGUUUGCCAUCGUGGGCCCUAGUGGCUGCGGCAAGUCGACGAUCCUGCGCCUGCUGUUCCGCUUCUACGACACCCAGUCGGGCCGCAUCUUGAUUGAUGGCCAGGACGUGCGCGACGUGAGUAUCGAUAGCCUUCGGCGGGCCAUCGGCGUGGUGCCGCAGGAUACCCCGCUCUUCAACGACACGAUCGGCCACAACAUCCGCUACGGUCGGAUCGAUGCAUCAGAUGCAGAGGUGCGUCAGGCCGCUGAGCGCGCCCGCAUCCACGAGCUGGUCGAGCGGCUGCCCGACGGAUAUGAGACGGCAGUUGGCGAGCGCGGCAUGAUGAUCUCGGGCGGCGAGAAGCAACGGCUGGCGAUUUCGCGGCUGCUGCUAAAGGACCCGCAGCUUUUAUUCUUUGACGAGGCGACCUCCGCACUGGACACCUACACGGAGCAGGCGCUCCUGCAGAACAUCAACGGCAUUCUCAAGGAGAAGAGCCGCACGAGCGUGUUUGUUGCGCACCGAUUGCGGACGAUCUAUGACAGCGACCAGAUCCUGGUGCUGAAGGAUGGGCAGGUGGUGGAGAUGGGGUCCCACCGGGAGCUCUUGGAUCUGGAGGGCGUUUAUGCGGAGCUCUGGAACGCCCAGGAACUGUCGCUGGCGCACGAGGAGGACGAGACGCGGCAGGAGCAGACGAAGACACCUGAGUGA